AUGCAGGAGCGCCGUCGCAAUCAAGCCUCAUAUGACCGAACUAUGAAACUCAACGAGCUGAUGAAGUUUUCCAAGAGCUUCAAACUCUCGACUCCGGUGCCGAAAGACCUUGUUCCUAUCCUAGCUAAAGACCGGCUAAAGCAGGAAGCAAUUAUGCAACGAGCGCUGCAACAGGGGGACGACAAGGCCAUGCCGAAGGUUACUACACCUCCCACAGAACAACAGCCACCUGCUCGUGGUGUCGGUCCUACUGGAGCCGUGCCCCCAUCUGCACCCGCUGAUCGCCAAAACUACAACCGCACUCGUCAGGGCUAUCCUCCCACUGCCCCGCUCGCUGGAGCUGGCGGGAAAUUCCCUCAGCAAGUUGUUCCGCCGGGACGUCCUGGUGUUGGCAUGCUCAGUCAUCGACUAGCUGACAAUCUGCAACAACGAAAGGGUGCGGGAAUGGGACCUGUUCCCACUCCUCUUCCCAUUCAAGAUGCCCGUGGACCCCCGACUGGUCCUGCCAGCGACCAGCAAAGAAUCACCAGCCCUGUCAAGUCGCAGGCCAGUUCUUCCGCGGCAACCAAGUUCAAUGUCAAAGCUAUGGAGUUCAAGCCGAACCCCGCAGCGAGCACUUUCACGCCUGGUACCUCGGGAGCUGCUGCAAGCCCACGGCCUUUCUCUCGCAACCGCUCUGUGUCACGCGCUACAACUCCGACUGCAUUCUUUGGCCCAAGGAAGCCACUGCCUAUCUCUGAACGACCAUCGAUCAGUGACCAAUUCAAUCCCAUCAAGCGCAUGAAGAAGGAGAACGCAGAGUCCGCUGAAAGGUUGAUUAUGCUGAAUGGAGGUAUCCCACCACCCUACAAGACUUUGCCAACUUGGGACAUCGCGGACGGCAGCGAAGAUAAGACGUACGAUCAGAUGUUCAAACAGCCUGUCGGUGUACCGACAGUAUCGCCCCAGGGUCGGUCAGUCUCCAAUAACACCAAUAUUCCCCAGCAGCAUCAGGUGCCUUUCCAGUUCCAGCAAGGCAACCCAGCCAUGCCGCCAUCUUCUGGUCCUUCGAAUGGACCCCAUGGUCUUCACUCUCAGGGCCCCCAUGGCCCUCCCCAUGUGGAUGAUCAUCACCGCAUGCAGUUGUCCGCGUCGAACUCCCAGGUUUUCCCGUCCCCGCGGAUGCAGCAUGGAUACCCGUCCCCUAUGGCUCCCCAUGCCCAGCUUUCCUUCCCACAACCGGUCCCGCAAUUUUACGGUGGCCCCCAACCCGGCCACAUGAGACCUUUUCAGGGUGGUGGUCCUCAGUUUGUGAAUGGCGCUCCUAUGAUGGCGCAGCAAGCCUCGAAUGGACCCUACAUGGGAGUCCCGCAAGGCAUGACUCCGUAUAACGCACAGAUGCCCAUGUACUCCCCGAACCCGGGCCACGCCUAUCCCCAACAUACCCCUCAGCCGCAUAGUGGGUACCCAAGCCCGAGCCGCGGUGCGCCAAUGAUGAUGCACCAGAACUCGCAAUCCGGCCAGCCUCCUCAAUCAAUAAUGUUUAUGCCUGGCCAACCCGGAUAUCCUCAGCAGUCGGGACAUAUGCCUCCCAACCGUGGCAACUACCCACAGCAGCCUCACUUUUCCUCAAGUCCUCAUCAGUCGCAUCAUUUCCCACCUAACCAGCAUCGGACACCCAGCAACGGCUUCAACCAAAUGCCUCAAAUGCCACCCCAGAUGUCUGCCAAUACCCCAGCAACAACCCCUGGAGCUUCCCAUCCGGCUGAGGCAACGGAUGAAGGAAAAUGA